CCCCAAGAAACAGUGCGCCCGUCCCCAUUUCACCUAUGACCUGCGCGGUCCGUGUAUUCACCUAAUUCGUUUACCUCACGACCCGACGCGACGCUCCGCCCUACACGCUGAGGAUAGAACCGAUAAGUCUACGUUUUGCAAAACCAAAGGUGUGCUAACAGGUAUGGAUGGUCCACAAACAUCCCAGGUGCUCCAACACCUGUCUACCUACCUGCCACCUGCUGCCACCUGGGUGCACCUGGUGGGGUUCACCUGCCUUGCUGUUCUUGUUGUUCACCUGUCGAUCAGAAUCCUGCGGUUCGUUUCCUGGCAGAUUAAGAUGAGGAACAGUGUGAAGCAGUUCACAGCGCCACCCAAACAUUGGCUAUUUGGCCAUGUGAAGGUGGCGCCUAUGAACGAGCAAGGGUUUCAGACCAGGUUGGAAUGGAUGAAGGCAUACAGUGCUCACUACUUGCCAUUCUGGAUUGGUCCGUUUACUGUUUUCAACAAUUGUAACCACCCAGAUACUAUCAGGACUAUACUUGGAACAGCAGAGCCAAAAAGCAUGACGUACAGGUUCCUUGGACCAUGGCUUGGGGAUGGCCUGCUCACCAGCAAAGGCAGUAAGUGGCACAGGAACCGCCGACUGCUGACUCCCGCCUUCCACUUCGAGAUCCUCAAGCCCUACGUCACACUGUUCUCAGAGUCCACAAACGUCUUGAUUGACAAGUGGAGCAGAGUUGCUGCAGGCUCCUCCGUGGAACUGUUUGAUCACGUGAGCCUGCUGACGUUGGACAGCAUGCUGAAGUGCAGCCUUGGUUACCGCAGCGACUGUCAAACUGACGGACAGUCAACUCCUUACAUCAGGGCUGUUUAUGAGCUGUCCCGCCUCGUUUUGGAACGGAUCCAGUUCUUCCCUUACCACUUUGACUUCAUCUACAACCUGAGUCCCAGUGGCCGCAGGUUCCGCGAACAGUGUGACAUCGUGCAUGGAAUCUCCGAACACCUCAUCCGGCAGCGGAAGAAGGCGCUUCAAGAUGGCGAUGCUAGAGAAGAACAACGCAGGAAGUACCUGGACUUUCUGGACAUUCUCCUGCAAGCCAAGGAUGAGGAUGGCACAGGCCUGACGGACGCGGAGAUCCGAGACGAGGUGGACACGUUCCUGUUCGAGGGUCAUGACACCACGGCCAGCGGGAUCUCCUGGGCCCUGUACCACCUGGCCAAACACCCGGAGUACCAGGACAGGUGCAGGAGGGAGGCGGAAGGGCUGCUGCAGGGACGCACGGAGAUGACGUGGGAAGACUUGAGUAAACUGCCCUUCAUCACCAUGUGCAUUAAGGAAAGCCUGAGGAUCAGGCCCCCAGUUCCAAACAUUUCCCGAAGUCUCACCAAAACGCUGACUUUCCCGGACGGGAAAACCUUGCCCGAAGGAUCACUUGUAACUGGAAGGAUCAUAGUCACACAUCACAACCACCUGAUCUGGCAAGACCCUGAGGUCUAUGAUCCCCUGCGCUUUUCUCCGGAAAGGUCCAAAGACAGACAUCACCAUGCUUUUGUCCCCUUCUCUGCUGGACCGAGGAACUGCAUUGGCCAGAAUUUCGCCAUGAACGAGAUGAAAGUGGCGGUGGCGCUGAUCCUCCAGCGUUUCCGCCUGGAGCUGGACGAGACCAAACCUUCGCCGUUCUUCCUGCAGCAGCUCAUCCUACGGGCAAAGGAUGGGAUCUGGAUCAAACUUACACCCAAUAACUGAAGGGAUCUGGAUCAAACUUACACCUAAUAACUGAAGGGAUCUGGGUCAAACUUACACCCAAUAACUGACAGGAUCUGGGUCAAAAUUACACCCAAUAACUGAUGGGAUCUGGGUCAAACUUACACCCAAUAACUGAAGGGAUCUGGAUCAAACUUACACCCAAUAACUGACAGGAUCUGGGUCAAAAUAACACCUAAUAACUGAAGGUAUCUGGAUCAAACUUACACCUAAUAACUGAAGGAACUGGGUCAAACUUACUCCCAAUAACUGAAGGGAUCUGGGUCAAACUUACUCCCAAUAACUGACAGGAUCUGGGUCAAACUUACACUUAAUAACUGAAGGGAUCUGGGUCAAAUCAUAUUCCCAGUAACUGGGGAAUAUGGAUCCAGCUUACAACCAAUAACUAUGUGGACAUGAACCUUGCUUUCACCCAAUAAGGGAUCUAAAUCUAGCUAGCGUUCAGCCAACGUAUUAUGAAUCUGGAUCUACAAUGUAACUUGCAGUCAACAGGAUCCCGAUCAAACUUACAAUAAGAAAUGUUGGUCGUGCAUCCAGUAACUAAAGCGAUCUGAUGUUUGCUUACACCCAAUGAAUUACGGUGAUAAAUAAAGAGGUCUGGAUCAAACUUACAGUUACACCCAAGAA